UCCAAAAUACAGAGCACAAGCCCAAAACAAAUUUGGUUUAACUGUUUAAGCUUGGUUUCGGUUGGGUGAAUUGUAAUACAGAUUCAGAAGAAGAAGAAGAUGAGUACGUCGGAACCCCAUAUGGAGAAUUUCUUGAAUCAGAAGAAGCGUAUCAAGAACCCUCUCGUUCCCGUUGGUGCACUUAUGACUGCAGGAGUGCUGACAGCUGGCCUAGUUAGUUUCAGACAAGGGAAUUCUCGGUUGGGUCAGCUUCUGAUGAGAGCCCGUGUGGUUGUCCAAGGUGCUACAGUUGCACUCAUGGUUGGCACUGCUUACUAUUAUGGGGAAAAGAAGUAAUGGUUGUAGGCAGUUGAGAUAACGACUGUAAAAAUGUUCUCCUGUUUCUUUUUUGGUCUUGCUCCAUUAUUUAAUAAGUGGCUCUUAGAUGGUAAAGUAUCAUACUCCUUGUCAGGAAAUUUUGAUGUGACUUUUGCAACUUCAUUUUAAGAGUUUAAAAGGUCCUGUGUACAAGGAUUGAUUGGUAUGGAUAAGAGUCCUUAUUGUUAUACUCCCAACAUAUAGAUCUUAUUGUUCUGCUGAAUAAAUUGCUUGCUUUCUUGUUACUCUGGA